AGCACCUUAAUUUCGACGCAUCUUUUCGUAUCAUCAAAGACGUAGAACUCAAUCCAAGACAUUGAAUUAUCUGUUUCUUAGUAACACACCUACACACAUUGACUCAAGUACUCGUUUUGGACAUGAAUUUCCAUACCGACACUCUCCCCGAUCUCAAGGGCAAAGUGUUCAUAGUCACAGGUGGGAAUUCCGGCAUGUAAGUCUCCCCUCUCCCCUCUCACCACGAAGCCCGAAUUGCUGAUCUCACCAAACCACAGAGGCUACUACACCGUAGCACACCUAGCAGAACACGGAGCCCACGUUUACAUGUGCGCACGAUCCCCAGAGAAGGGCAUAGCAGCCAUCGCCAACAUCAAGAAAAUGCACCCCUCGGCCAACAUUGACCUCCUGCAAAUGGACCUCAUGGACCUCACCAGCGUCGUCGCGGCCGCCAAGCACUUCCUCACCCUCGAAAUAGCCCUGCAUGGCCUGGUCAACAACGCAGGCAUCAUGGCGACGCCCUUCGAAAUGACCAAAGAUGGUCACGAGGCCCAGUGGCAGACCAACUAUCUCGCGCACUGGGUUUUGACGGAGCACCUGCUUCCUCUGAUGCUGCGGACCGCCAAGACGCUUCCUCCGGGCAGCGUGCGCAUCGUCAACCUCACUUCAUCGGGCCACUUGGGCGCACCCAAGGGCGGCAUCAAUUUUAGAGACCUAUCGCUCAAGGAUAGCGGCCCGUGGCCGCGUUACGGACAGAGCAAGCUCGCCAACAUUCUGCACACCAAGACCCUGCACAAGACGUACGGCCCUGGCUCUCCCAGUGCGCAGAAUGGGGAGGGCGAGAUCUGGGUUUCGUCCGUGCAUCCAGGUAUAGUUGAGACGAACCUCGCCACGUCGGUGGGGAAGUCGGGGUCGGGCAUAAUGAGUGUUUUCUCGGUCUUACGCAUGUUCGGAUUGGUAUGGCCUGCCGAUAAAGGGUCGUGGACCAGUUUGUUCUGUGCGGCGAGUCGGGAUAUGAAGGCGGAGCAGAGCGGCACGUAUUUUGAAAUUUUCCGGCGGUUUGGGGAGCCGAGGUGGCAGAGCGGUGCGGCGAAGGAUGGGAAGCUUGCAGAGACGUUGGAGGAGUGGACUAGGGAGGUGAUGAGGAAGGAAGGGUGGGUUCGGUAAUGGCGUCAACUGGUUUCGGUCUUUUCGAUUAUAUUAAUAGAUUCAAUGUUUUAUAUUAUUACGAGGUCAGGAGGAUAACGUGACUUUUCCUACGGGAAUAGAGCUCUCUUUAUCUUCUACGGGUCUUUCCAAACCUCACUCCUAUUUACAAAGCUCUCUACCUCUCUG